ACAGUCAAGCGGAUACUACGUCCUGGCUGUCAAACAUGGCGGGUGUGUGGAUACUGACUGUCAUCGUGGUCACAUCGGCUUGCUGGAUACAGGUUAUCAUUGGUUCCUGUCCAACAGGAAAGUUCGGGGACUCCUGCUUCUACUCCUGUCACUGUGGGGACUCCUGUGACCAGACAACAGGAGUUUGUGGAGGUGGCUGUGAUGCUGGCUGGGUGGGAGGACAUGGAGCUACCUGCCAGAAAGAAAACAUUGCCAAAGGAAAAUCAGCCACAUCUCAAUCUGGAGUCUGGCGGGCUGCGUGGUCUGCAGACAAAGCUGUAGAUGGGAACCGGGACUAGGAUUUGGAACACGACUCCUGCUUCCACUCUUCUACUAUCUAUCCGAGUGUGUGGACAGUGGACCUGGGACAACCGUACAGGAUACACGACGUCAGGAUAUACAACCGAGUAAAUUGUAUGUAUGUAUGUGAUAUAUUUGGGCUGUAGAGACAUUCAAAUGUGUCAUGUACUGACAUUUAUCUUAUGUAAACAUAUUAACAGAACAGAACUCCAGACCCAUAUAAGCAAGAUGUAAUGUAGAUACUCUAUUUCAUACCAUCUGCAUCAGGAUAUCUUAGCAAAUGUAGAUUUCAUAUGUGGUAAUUUGGUGAGUGGUUGUUUGGUUUUCAAAUGAAUAAUUUCCCUUUUUUACAUGUAAUAUUUUGAUCAUCUUCAUGGCAUGAUAAGGUGGUAAAGGUGAUAAAUAAUUAUCAAUGUCCUUGCACAUCAAAAUUGAUUAUAUUAAAAUACUAAAUAGUGUCGAAUAAAGAACUUCUGUACCAGAAUGCUCAUGUGAAAUAUGUGAGGUGAGUGUUGGAAAAUCCAAGAUGGCUGUUACUGACGGUAUACGGUCUCAUAUUAGUGCCAGUAACAUCCAUCUUGGUAUUUUACUGACGGUAUACGGGCUCAUAUGGGGUCAUUAGUUCUGCUCUCUGAUUGGUCAAUCUCAUUUUGAGGCAUAAUAAAAUCACAUGUGCAUCUUACUUCUUUAGGGCAUCUUUAUGCAUUGUACUUAGGGCGCCGGCUUAUUAUAAUGUCUGGCUUGUUAUUCCUUUAAUAUGUCAGUACCUUUCCUUAAACACAUUGACGAACUAUUCCAUUUUGAGGUAUUUGCUCUGCAUCAUCCUGAAGACUCUGAUAGGAUCCUAGUUAGUGGA